AUGGGCGGUGAAGAUCUGGGGCACACGCAGAGCACAGCUAUUCUGGGCCUGCCAACAAAGGCAGGAGCAGCCGAGCGGGGAACAUCACACAAUGUAGCUCCUCAUCAGCGUGGUCCUUCUUCUGGAGCAACGUUCAGGAGGAGGAACCGAAAUCCCCCAAAGGAAAGGCAAGGCACGGAGGAGUCAAACACCCUGUGCGGCUGUGGACGCAAGAAGCGCUUUCCAAAUGCUCCCCGUGCUCUUUUCCAGGUGGUAGCCAGGGACAGAGAGGUGGUGAUAAACAGUGUGGAAACAGAUGAUAAACAGUUUGAGAAGUGCAUGUGCUCCGUGAAUAUUGCACACAGCAAGUGCAGCAUCCGAGCAGAUCGGCAGCGACUCCUAAAGCCACUGCUUCUGGAUUCACACUCAACUAUGUGCCCAUGCCCUGAGUCCCAGAAAAAAAUUGUUCAUCGUAAAUACGAUACUCAACAAAAUGUGGUCUUGGGAUGCCCACCAGCGAAGCCUGGAGAAAAACCUUCAGAAACUGGUGAAGUCCACCAGCGCAAGGAGGUUUGUCACUGGCCAUGCAGAUGCCCACCUGUGCCAACCUGCACCCCCGGGGUAAGCUUGGUGAAGGACGGUUGUGGCUGCUGUAAGGUCUGUGCCAAGCAGUCAGGAGAGACCUGCAAUGAAGCAGACAUCUGUGAUCCCCACAAAGGCCUCUACUGCGACUAUUCGGAAGAUGAGCCUAGGUAUGAAACAGGCGUGUGUGCAUAUCUGGUAGCUGUAGGAUGUGAGCUCAAUGGAGUUUAUUAUCUUAAUGGGCAGACCUUCCAACCUAACCCACUUUAUAAGUGCCUGUGUGUCAGUGGUGCAAUUGGAUGUACACCUGUAUUCACACCAAGAUUAGCAGCAAGUCCCUGCACCAGGGUCACAGGCAGAAAGAAGCCUGGACAAUCCAUCUGUGGCCCAGGACAGCACAAGCAGCUUCAAUCAACAAACUACAGACUGAUGUCAGCUUACAGAAGCUUACCGCUAGUUUUGAAGAAAAAGUGCCUAGUACAGGCAACUCCCUGGACACCCUGUUCCAGGACCUGUGGCAUAGGCAUAUCCAGCAGAGUGACCAACGAAAACAGAAAAUGUGAAAUGAAAAAAGAAAAGAGAUUAUGCUUCAUCCAGCCUUGUCUGACGAAUAUACUGAAGACAAUAAAGAUUCCAAAAGGAAAAACAUGUCAACCGACAUUCCAGCUUCCUACAGCAGAGAAACUAUUUUUUUCUGGAUGCUCAACUACUCAAAGCUACAGACUAACUUUCUGUGGGGUGUGCUUGGACAAGAGGUGCUGCAUACCUAAUAAAUCCAAAAUGAUCACUGUACAGUUUGAGUGUCCCAAUGAAGGCUUCUUUAAGUGGAAGAUGAUGUGGAUAACGUCAUGCGUAUGUCAGAGGAUUUGCACUGCUCCAGGAGAUAUAUUUUCUGAACUCAAAGUUGUAUGA